GGAGCAGACGGACAUUAACUGCUGGACUGAAUGACUUUAUCGUGAUGUUAUAAUGGCUGCAUAUCAACUCUGGUCUCCAUGGACCCCACUUGAUGAUCAUUUACAGUGGUUAAGACAGGCAACUCCACAAAAGUUCUCAAAACACCCUUUUCGGGGAGUAUGGAGCUCUCUGUACACUACAGAUGUGGAAAAGCAAGCGUGCUUCCAUGAGAUUCACAUCAAUCAAGACAAAGUGAUAAAGCCAGGACAGAGCCCGCACUUGGCACGUCAUCUAAUGCAUCUGAAACAUGUACAGAGCAAAGUUCUGAAGCCGCAGCCAGUGCGGCUAAUUGGCUUGAAUAUAGUGUUUGGUAGAAUGAUCACUAUCCAGCCUCCGAAGUGGACUGGCUCCUUCCGAGUGUCUGAAAAGUCAGCCUUCUCCAGAGUCGUCAUCCCGAAGAGCGAGUGGCCAGAAGGACUCAAAGAAGCACAGACUGAAAUGGCCAUAGAUACAUGCAAGAAAUUACUGCGUGCUAUUCUGCUGCUCUAUGCCACCUAUAAGAAAUGUUCUUUCAUCUUGCAGCACUCCAAGUAAAAUCCUCAGUCAAA